AGUCUUUCUCGAAGAAAGUAACAGUUUGUUCGUCCACUAGUCACAGCUCUUAUCGUUGAGAAAUGCAUCGUCAGUGCACUAGUGUCCGUGUGUGACCUUGUCACGAUUGCACCAUCACCAGAUCACGGCAUCAGUCGAUCAGUAUAAAAACCGUGGGAGCCGCCUAACGAAUGGUAUUAUUUUCGUGUGCUUGGCGACAACAGUUACUACACGUUUGAGUGAAGUGAAAGUGGCCCACUAGUGCACUGGCAUUGGUUCUUGGAUCGAAAUUUUCCCGAAAACUGUGCGCGUAGUGUAUGAACUUUGAAGCCACUAACAAUCGGAGCUGUUUGUUUGGAGGGCAUAGUCGUGCUGUAGUCGUGAAUCAACCAUCACACAGACGAAGACAAUGAGUAACGUCACGGCCAGUGAGGGCAUUGUCGUCCUGCCCAAUGACCCGGAUUACCUGGGCCUGUGUGCUAUCAUCAUCGUGGCCAUUCAGACGAUAUGCUUCAUCAUUGCCGCCACGCUCAAGUUUGACAAGCUCAACGAUCUUGUGGGCGGCUCAAAUUUUGUGAUCCUGGCAUGGCUCACGUUCGCAUUGGCACAGACGUAUCACGCCAGGCAGAUUCUCGUGUCCAUCUGUGUUACCGUUUGGGGCCUGCGCCUCUCGCUGUUUCUCUUCUACCGUAUUCUGAAGACGGGCGAGGACUGGCGAUUCAAUGACUUGCGUGUCAAUCCCGCCAAGCUAUCCGUGUUUUGGAUAUUGCAGGCAAUCUGGGUAUUUGGUACCGGCUUGCCUGUGUAUAUUGUCAACUCACCUCGCACUAAUCAAGGUUCACAAGACCUCCAGCCUCUAGAUUACGUGGGACUGGCAGUGUUCGUUGUCGGUUUUCUCUCAGAGGUCAUCGCUGACCAGCAAAAGAAUAGCUUCCGCAACAACACGGCCAACAAGGGAAAACCGUGCACCGCCGGACUCUGGUCUUGGUCUCGGCAUCCAAACUAUUUCGGCGAGAUCACGCUAUGGUGGGGGAUAUUCAUGAUGUGUGCUUCGGCGUUUGAAGGCUGGCACUGGGCAUCCGUUGAGAGUCCCGUUGUCAUUUCCAUCUUACUCCUCUUUGUCAGUGGUAUCCCCAUGCUGGAACAGAAUGCUGCAAAACGCUAUGCAGAGGACCCGUCAUUCUGGGAGUACCGUCGCAGCACCAGCCCUGUCAUACCUAUGCCUGCCAGUGUGUAUGCCUUGCUACCCAAACCAAUGCAGUUCCUGUGCUGCUGCGAGUGUCCAUGUUAUCGUGCACCACCAGAUGUGGAGAAGGAGCCCAUCACACCAUGAGAAGAAAGCACACCAAGUAUAUGGAAUCGAUCUAUGAUAGUCAUUGAUAGAUAGACUCAGACUCGCCGUCUUUUUUUAUUCAACCACCACACCACAGCUGCGCUCUCCAGCCGACCUCGACACUUUGCCACAGCACGCCAUCAGCAAGCAGUUGUGGUGCAGUUAUGCAGUUGUGGUGUGGUGUGGUGUGGUGGUUGACGAAAAAUUCGCCCAGGGCCAAAUGCUGCUGCUUACCCCUCUUCCAGACUCAUUCUGAACACGAUACUAGUUGCUUGGUUAAAUGCCGUGCAAGCUUAGCUGCUCGUUCAGUAUCCACUGCUGUGUCCAAGGUCCUGCGGAAAUCAGAGCGUCCCGUCCAGGUGCGUUUGAAAUCCGCCGUUAGAUAGUCGAGCUUCUCCUAAUACUACAACUGCUACUGCAUGGCUGUUCAGUGGAUACAUGGCUAAAUGUUUGUCCAUGAGCUUUCAGUAUUUCAGCAGCCAUGUUUCUAGUAUCAUAGAUUGGAUGCGGCUGGCAUGGGGUUACCCCGGUCGAAGCGUGUGGCAUGUUUCUCGUGUUCUAUUAUCAAAGUAAUCAAACACACUUAUUUACAAAAUACACAUAGACGUGGACCCCGCACCACUGAGCUCGCCUACACACCCACUCUAGAUCUUGCCACUGUUGCUAUGCAAAGGCUGGCGCCACUCUCUGGCAUUACAUAGUGCCUGAUAUUCGCUCGCCCUCUGAAGGUUUAUCAGUGAAGUUCCACUGUACAAGACCAUUUUUAUACUGCUUCAUCAUUAUUCUACUAGUCCAUGGCGUGCCUGAUCAGCAUGUCAAGAGUAUUUCCUGCAACGUCCA